GGCUCGUGUUGAGAAUACGAGAUCCUGUCGUCGUUGUGAAUGUCCCGCCCUGAUAAGGUUGCUGCGAGCAGAGGAUAAUGGGUGGUAUAUUGCGGAGCAUAGGGAUACUCAUAACCACUCGUUGUCCCUGAACUUUGGCGAGACACUCCAUUGGCCAUCGAACAAGCAUAUACUCCCUCCGUUCCAAAAUAGAUGACCCAACUUUAUACUUACACAUGAGACCUUGUGAAGCAGUUGCGUCAGAAGUAGUGGUGUAUGUGGUGGACAAUGACAGCCGUGGAGAGUCCGAAUUUGAAGAAUGGUCUGACGAUGCUCAUGAAAGGAUGGUUGACAUUGACAGGAGGCUGAGGGAGCAGGAAGCUAAAGAUGCAGAAGUGGCAAGGAAGUGUGAGGAAGAUGCAGAAAAGGAAGCAAAAGAGCAACAUGCAAAAGAUGAAGAACUUGCAAGGAAAUGUCAAGAGAAGAUGGAGCAGAACGCGAGGGACCAAGUGGCAACUGAUAAUCAUGUUGCACCUACUGACGAGCAGAUCAAGAAGGUGUGUGCACGUGGUGUGGGUGAUGAUGCAGGGAGGACAAGGACAGGGGAACGGCGAUCAUCAGAUGUAGUGGUUCAGAAAAGCUUAGAUGAUUUUUUCUACUGUCGGAGUGGCAUGUCCUUGGAAGGAGUGAGUACAGGGCGGCGGUCCGUCCGCCAGAAGAGACGAUAGACUAAGAAAUCAAGCAGGGCAGGGCAUAAGCAGCGGAAGGGAGUUAAGUUGUCAAAUAUUGUUCAAACAAUUUGUCUGACUGAAAGCUCUGGAAGUGAUGACAACAGUUGUGAUGAUGGGAACGAGGCUAGUGGUGAGGACAAUGGGGAUCGUACUCCACACC